AAUGAAAUUGCUUUAAUAUUAAAAAGAUUACUCUUAUAAUUUAUAAUAAUGACUCUCGAUAAUUCGUGGAAUGUGAUCAAAUCUGCUGCAGCAGAAAACAAACAUGAGUUAGUGUUGUCAGGUCAAGCGAUUUCUGAUCUGAUCGAAAAAAGAGGUUUCGACAAGUCUCUGUUUAACCUACAACAUCUAAACUAUUUGAGUAUAACACAAACAUGCUUGCAAGAAGUACCAGCAGAAAUUGAGAAAUUACAGAACUUAACGACCUUAGUAUUACAUUCAAAUCAAAUUACGAAAAUACCGAGUACAAUCGAGAAACUAGAGAAGCUAAAAGUUCUUGAUUGCUCCAGAAACAAGUUAACUUCUUUGCCCGAUGAAAUCGGAAGGCUUCCGCAACUAACUACGAUGAACUUAAGCUCAAAUCUUUUGAAUUCAUUACCUACUCUAAUUGGCAAUAUUAAACUGAGUGUUCUGAACUUGUCGAACAACAAAUUUGAAAACUUUCCUGAUGUAUGUUACGCAGAACUGUUACAUCUUUCUGAGAUUUAUGUUAAUGGAAAUGAGAUGAAAGAAAUCCCUGUAACCAUAAACCGACUUCCAUCUUUGAAAAUAUUAAAUGUUGCCGAUAAUUCAAUUUCAGUUGUACCAGGUGAAAUUGCUGACUGUAAUAAGGUAAAAGAACUAGACUUAAAAGGAAAUAAUUUAACAGACAAAAGGUUGUCAAAAUUGGUUGAUCAGUGCCGUACAAAACAAAUAAUAGAAUAUGUUAAAUUACAUUGCCCUAGAACUAGUGGUGCUACUGCUUCAAACACCAAAAUGAAAAAAGGGAAAAAAGCUCAGAGACUUUCAGAAUCUGAAAGUAUUGCUAAAGAAAUAGAAAGUCUAACACAUAAGUUAAAAGUUUUGAAAAUGACAAAUAGUACACCAGUAGUCAAAAUUACAAAACAUAUAAAAAGCAUAAGACCUUAUAUUGCAGUUUGCAUCGUUAAACACAUGAAGUUCACAGAUGAUAGCUUCAAAAAAUUCAUUCAACUUCAAACUAAAUUACAUGAUGGAAUAUGUGAAAAAAGAAAUGUAGCUACCAUUGCCACACAUGAUUUUAAAUUAAUUAAACCUGGUGAUUUAACAUAUACUGCAAAACCACCAACUGAAUUAGAAAUCAGACCUUUAAUGCGUAGUAACAUUUAUACUGGAGCCGCAUUAUUUCAACAAUUACAAACAGAAGCUGACAAUUUAAGAAAAGAAAAAAAACGCAAUGUAUACUCUGGCAUUCACAAAUAUCUUUACCUGUUGGAAGGUAAACCUUUAUUUCCAUGUUUAUUGGAUGCCUCAGAACAAGUUAUAUCUUUUCCACCGAUCACCAAUAGUGAUGUAACAAAAAUGUCAGUAAAUACUGAAACAAUAUUGGUGGAAGUAACCAGUGCUACAUCAUAUCAGGUUUGCAGAAAUGUUUUGGACCAAUUUUUAAAGGAGUUAGUCACACUCGGUUUUGGAUGUCCUUCAGAAGAAGAAAAUACUACAAAUUAUCAUAAUUUAGUUGUAGAGCAGAUAAAAGUAGUAGAUAUGGAGGGUAAUAUGAAACUACUCUAUCCUUCAAGAGCAGAUUUAAAUUUCGAAGGUAAUUUAAUAAAUGUACUACGAGAAUAA